AAGGAAAGGGAAGGGAAGGAAAAGGAAAAGGAAAAGGAAAAGGAAAAGGAAAAGGAAAGAAAAAGAGCAGGACCUUGGAAGUUUUGGUUCUUUUUUCCUCCUGCUGCAAAUUCACGUGGUUUUGGUUGGGUGGUGGAGAGUAGGUGUCAUCUGCAGGUGGUGUUGCCCAAGGUGGGUGGGCAGGCACGUGGGAGUCUCUACCCGAAGGUGACCACAUUUACAUUCUGAAAUGGAAAGUGGAAGAUGUUUUAAGGAAGAGAUACCAAGGAUUUUUUGAAGAGAGCAGACAAUCUCAAUAUGACUUCAGAGAUCACUUAUGCUGAAGUGAGCUUCAAAAAUGAAUCUACGUCUUUAGGCACCAAAUCAGAGCCUCCUGCAGCUCCCAAAGAGAAGACCAGCCUUCACAAAAGUAACCCUGGUUUUCCCAAGGCACUCUUACCCUCAUUGCUGAUACUUCUGCUAUUAUUGGCAAUCUCAUUUUUUAUCGCUUUUAUCAUUUUUUUUCAAAAGUAUUCUCAGCUUCUUAAAGAAAAAAAGGCUAUAAAAGAAGUUACUCACACAGCAUUGGAAUGUAUGAAAGAAAAUUUGACCAUGGAAGAACUCCUUUUUUUCUUUCCUCAGGAUUUUAUCAUUCAGAACCUGGAUAAAAACAGUGCUUAUUAUGUGGGGCUGUCAGACCCAGAGGGGAAUGGAGACUGGCGAUGGGUUGAUCAGACACCGUACAAUGCAAGUGCCACAUUCUGGCAUCCAGGAGAACCCAAUAAUCAGCGGGAGCGCUGUGUUAUGCUGAAUAAUCCUCCACGGAGAUCGUGGGGCUGGAAUGAUGUUUUUUGUGAGGUAUCUCUCAGGUCAAUUUGCAAGAUGAUGAAGAUCCACUUAUGAGUGGGAAAUUCUCCAUGAACAUGCAGUUGAAUUAGUUGCCACCAAUAAAGAGUUAAAUAAUUCUUUUUA